AUGGCCGAGUCCAGCGGCCUGAAGCCGGGCAACGGCUCCUCGCAUGUGAACGGCAAGAUGAAUGGCCAGACGACGGCCAAGAAACAGCCUUCGCCGAGGCGACAGGGCCUCUUUGCCUGGGUAUUUGGUGUAGCUGCUAGAAUCGCGACCUGGGCCAUCAUUAUCACGCUUCUUUUCCGCUGCCCCUCCUCGCUCGAGGAGUGCGACCAGGACUCUCCCUUCAUCUGCAAGCCGUACUUCCAAGCGAAAGCGACCAUCGCCCCAUACACGCUGCCUUACUACGAGCAAUACGCUGCGCCAUAUGUGGACUUUGCGAAGCCCUACUACGAAACCGUCGACGCCCGCGUCCUCACGCCAGCGCGCACCUACGCCGUCCAAUACGGUGCUCCCUGGGUGGAAAAGGGCCAGCAACAAGCCCUGGCCCAGUGGGAAAAGCACGGCCAGCCCCAGGUAGCACAGCUGCGAGAGCUGUCGCGGAAGCAGUACGAGCAAACAAUUGCUCCCCACCUGGAGCGUGCGGGCGAGGCCCUCGGGCCCUACUACGAGAUCGGUCGGACCAGUUCCCUUCAGCUGUACCACGAUGUUCUGCUGCCGGCGUAUGGCCUGGUGCAGCCCUAUGCCCAUCAAGGCUACACGGCCGCUUCGAGCUUCACCACCGGCACCGCGCUGCCUGCUGUCCAGUGGACCUGGGCAAAGACGAACGCCUUCCUCGACAAAGCAGUGUGGCCGCAGCUCCGGAUGCUCUAUGUUGAGAAUGUAGAGCCACAGCUCGUUCGCAUCGGUGAGCGUUUGGAACGAUACAAGAAUCGCGCCAGAACCAAGGUGCUCCCUGAUGUGACUUCUGCUACUACGAAACGAAGAACAACCACCGAGCCGCCCCGAUACUCGUCCUUCAGCAAGCCGUCGCCGCAGGGAACGCCGGCGCCAACCACGGCAGCGUUCCAGUCUGAGGCUCCCACCCCGAGCUCCAGCGUUGAGAAGCAGCCGGUGACGGAAUCCUACUGGAACCCUGUACAGCCCCCUGCCCCCGCGGAGAACGAGACGGAGCAAAGGAGAACCGCUCGUGAGAUGGUGGCGCAGGACCUUGAGAUGUGGCAGAAUAAGUUUGCCGCCCAGGCCGACGAAGGCGCUGUCGAUAUGGAGGACCGAAUUGAGGAGAUUGCGGGCCGCAGGAUGUCUGAGGACAUCGCCCGCUACGGCAAGCCUCUGGUCAAGAAGCUCCGAGCAACGGUCCAGGCAGAGACCGACCGUCUCAAGACCAAGAUUUCCAGCAUUGUUGCCGAGCACGCUCGCGGCGCGCUCGAUGAUGCCCAGGAGCAGAUCAUUGGCGCUGUUCGAAGUGCCGGUCUAGCUAUCAAGACGGCCGCGCAAGAUAUCCGAAGCUGGCGCGAAGAGUACGAUGAGAAUUUGCAAUCCGAGGUCCUGAAAGCCGCCGAUGUGCACUUUGAGAUACUCGACGAGACUACGAAUCUCGCACUGCAGCAACUCGGAAUGAAGUGGGCUUGGACCGAGGGAGUCACAUACAAGGACUGGGCCAAGUACCACGAGCUGAAGCAGGCGCUGGCGGAGUGGACCGAGGAGCUGAAGCAGCUCAUCGUCACCCACCCUACGCUUCUUCGGGCACAGGAUGCCUCUGCACAGAUCGAGGAUGAGGGCAUGACGAUUGCGUCGGCUGCUGCCAAGGAGCUCGCUCGCCUCAAGCAAGUAGCUCUGUGGAAGCUGGCGGCGAAGGAUUCCAGCGACAACUUUGAUUCGGAAGCAAUGGAAAGAGCAGCAGAGGCUGCACAGAACCCUACUAUGGCUGACAACGUCACCGAGCCGGUAGCUCAAGAGGAAGAGGACAAUGCUACAGCAGGAGAGUCGCCAGAAGCAGCUGUCGAGAGUGGCGAUGCUAACGAUUCGUCUCAGCCGGUUACUGACGCCGUUUUGGGAGCCGUGCUCGAGGCCGUCUCAGAAGAAGCAGCGGCAACGGAGACCGACGAGGCCGUACUGCCUUCGGAGCCCGAGUCUGCCGAUGAAACCAAGGACGAUGCCUUUGUUGAUGAGCAGUCGUCGAGCGUCGAAUCAAGCGAGACCCAGGAGGACAAUGCCACCUCGGACGUUUUUGAACAUGUUAUGGAGCAGACUGACACCCACCCUGAAGGCCAGAAGCCACUUGCCGGCCAGACUGACGACGUUCCGGAACCCGCUGGUGAUGCCAAGCAUGACGAAGAGUCCGCACCAGUAAUUCCGGAGGCUGCAUCGAUUGCUACUGAGCCUGCCACGGAAGCUGUACUGGAAUCCGAGCCCGAUGAGACGGUCGAAGCCGUGCUGGAAUCAGAAGAUGAGAUCUUGGAAGAGGACGACGAGACUCUGUGGCCACAAGACACGGCGACUCAGAAGGCUGCCCCUACCGUCAAGGCAUCUUUCCUCGGCGCGGCCGCUCAGGUAGUUCCUGGCCGGCAAAUCGUUCUGGACGAGGACGACGACGACAGUGAUGAUGACUACCUCUCCAGCGCGUCCAAGGCUGCCGAGGCGGCCUACUCUAGCGCUGUUUCUCUCGCGUCUGAUCGCUAUUCUAAGGCAGUAUCAAUCAUCUCGGCCCAGGUCCGUGGAACUCCGACACCGGCUGUAGAGAACCAGCUCCUUUCCUCGGUCUCGGCCGCUUACGACCAGGCAUUGGCUGCGGCGAGUUCGAGGCUCAAAGAGUUUGCGGAUGCCGCUUCAGCAGGAGUCUAUGGCACACCCACUCCUACGCAGGCGACUCCUUCGCAGGCACACUGGAGCAGAGUGGAAUCCAUUGCUGCAGACCGUCUGAACGAGGGCAAGCUGUGGGCCGAGCUUCAAUAUCAGAGCGCCUUGAUUGCCCUGGGACUGGCGACACCCACCCCGACCCCGACCAAUGCUGCCGAGAAGUAUUACGAGCAGGCCAAGUAUAACUAUUACGCCGGAGUUGGCCUGGCGCACGAUCGUUACAACAACUUUAUCUCUGCGGCUUCGUCUGCAUGGUCCUCCCUCACGGCCACACCAACACCGACGCCUCAGGCGCUGACUGACUCUGCCAUCUCAAUGGCCUCUGCCGCUGGCCAGGCUGCCGAAUCUGUCUACUCCAAGGCGACGGAGAAUGUUGCUUCUGCCAUCGAAGCUGUGGACGAGUCGAUUUCGUCUUUGCACAAUGCGGCAACGGAGCAGGUUUACAACGCCGGACUGGCCAUUGGUGAGACGUGGGGGACGGUCGUGAGCCAGCUGAGCCUGGAGAUUUACGGCCAGCCAACGCCGGCCGCCAUUGGAUGGUACGACAGCCUGACGUCGAAUGCACAGGCGGCGGUGGCGAGUGCGACUUCGGCCGUCGGAAAGGCUGGUGAGACGGCGUCGGCUGGUGCCGCGAACGAGUACGAAGCAGUGAGCGAGCUGGUGUCUGAGCUGAUUGUUGGCCGGGAGCCGCCCUUUACGGAGAGCGUGCUGUCAAGACUGCAGGCGGCCUAUGCCUCGGCGACGCAAAACGUGGCCAGCAUGGCGAGCGGAGCCAGCGCGGCUGCUGGAUCAGUGGGUGAAAAGGUGGGCAGCAUGGCGAGCAAAGCAACCGACGCGGCGAAGCAUGGCCGAGACGAGUUGUAA